UUACUCGAUGCUGACAGAAGUAAUGGAAGGAGUCAACCAACAAAGCGAAGAACAUUAGAAGCUGCGACAUUUCUAACGUUUUCCAGCUCGAAUCUAGUAACUCUCGCGAAAUUAUCUCUCUCCGAAGCGAAAUCCCCCCAACCCACAGAACUACUCAUCCGACAUAACCACACUAUGGACAACAAUGAUCCAGAACAACUUGGAAGUUAG